AAGAUGAGCGGAGCAGCCGUGUCCCUGUGCCUGUUUUUCCUCCUGUCUGUAUGCUCAGCGUGCUACAUCUCUAACUGUCCCAUUGGCGGGAAACGGUCCAUCAUGGAUGCCCCACUACGGAAGUGCAUGUCAUGCGGUCCCGGAGAUAGGGGCCGUUGCUUUGGUCCCAACAUCUGUUGUGGGGACACCUUCGGUUGCCUGCUGGGCUCCCCAGAAACUGCACACUGCCUGGAAGAGAGCUACCUGCUCACCCCUUGUCAGGCUGGGGUCAAGUCCUGCGGCUCUGAGGGAGGACGCUGUGCGGCUUCUGGUCUCUGCUGUGACGCCGAGAGCUGCGCCGCAGACCAGUCGUGUCUUAUGGAUCAGGAGGCGGAUGAUCAACUGGGCCAAUACGACGGCGGCGACCCAAGUGACAUCAUCGUAAGGCUGCUCCAUCUGGCUGCUCACGCCUCUCCUCAACGACUCGGUCAGUGA